CUCUCUUUCCACAAAAUAUCUUGUCACAUACACCAUACCAUCAAGCAUCAACCAUCGAGAGAUUCUGGUAAUAACAACAGUUCACGAGAGAAGAAACAAGAGGAAUGAAGUUAAGCUUUCCUCUUCUCUUCCACACUUCAAUAACUUUCAUAUCAUCUUGACCUAAACCAAAAUCCAACCCAAACCCAUCUCUCCAGAGUCCAGAAUUCUUUCUCAAAAACCAUGAGCUUAGAGGAAUCUUUGAAAUCUCUCUCUCUGGACUACCUUAACCUUCUCAUCAACGGCCAAGCUUUCAGUGAUGUAACUUUCAGUGUAGAAGGUCGUCUAGUCCACGCACACCGGUGCAUCUUAGCGGCUAGAAGCCUUUUCUUUCGCAAGUACUUCUGUGGACCUGACCCACCGGCCGGACUUGAUCCGGCAGGUUCAAGGAUGAACUCGGCAUCUUUGUCGUCGUCUCCGAGAGGAGGAGGGAAUUCUCAGGUGAUUCCUGUGAAUUCGGUUGGGUAUGAAGUGUUCUUGUUGCUGCUGCAGUUCUUGUACAGUGGACAAGUCUCAAUUGUUCCUCAGAAGCAUGAGCCAAGGUCUAAUUGUGGGGAGAGGGGUUGUUGGCACACGCAUUGCACCUCCGCCGUUAAUCUUGCUCUUGAUACUCUUGCUGCCGCUAGAUCUUUUGGUGUCGAGCAACUCGCAUUGCUCACUCAGAAGCAAUUGGCAAGUAUGGUGGAGAAGGCUUCAAUUGAGGACGUAAUGAAAGUCUUAAUAGCUUCAAGAAAGCAAGACAUGCACCAGCUCUGGACUACUUGUUCUCACCUCGUCGCGAAAUCCGGUCUCCCACCGGAAGUACUUGCUAAGCAUCUACCCAUCGAUGUGGUGGCUAAAAUUGAAGAGCUCCGCCUAAAAUCCUCCCUGGCUCGACGCUCUCUCAUGUCGCACCACCACCAUCACCACCAUGAUUUAACCGCCGCCGCCGACCUCGAAGAUCAAAAGAUCCGUCGAAUGCGUCGAGCACUCGACUCAUCCGACGUCGAACUCGUAAAACUAAUGGUUAUGGGUGAAGGACUAAAUCUUGAUGAAGCAUUAGCCUUACACUAUGCCGUAGAGAAUUGUAGCCGAGAAGUAGUGAAGGCGUUGUUAGAGCUUGGAGCUGCUGAUGUGAAUUACCCGGCCGGACCGGCUGGGAAGACUCCUCUACACGUAGCGGCUGAAAUGGUCUGUCCGGACAUGGUUGCUGUGUUGCUCGACCAUCAUGCCGAUCCAAAUGUUCGAACCGUCGAUGGUAUCACACCACUUGACGUGCUCCGAACUCUUACUUCAGAUUUCCUUUUCAAAGGGGCAAUUCCUGGGCUUUCUCAUAUUGAACCCAACAAGCUACGGCUUUGCUUAGAAUUGGUUCAAUCUGCGGCUCUUGUUCUAUCUCGUGAAGAAGGAAGUAGUGGUGGUGGAGGAAAUGCUUCCUCCUCCACCACAUCCAUUUAUCCACCAAUGAGUAAUGAUCCAAACACCAACAACAGCAGCAGUAAUAAUAAUAUGGUGAACUUGAGUCUUGAUUCAAGAAUGGUUUAUCUGAAUUUGGGAGCAGCAGCAGCAGCAGCUCAAUUGGGAUGCAAGAUUGAUGGAGAAGAUGAAAACAACCAUAAUAGACAGAGAGAAGCUAUGAAUCGACAUGGAUCACACACACAAGGGUUUCGAUGAUCAUAUGGGGUGGAAUACCUCUGGACAUGGAUUUUUAUGAUGAGAGGAGACAACAAGAAUCUAAGUUUGCUCUGUAGUGGGGGAAGAUGCAGGUCAAUCUUUUCAAACCUGGCCUGUCAACUCCUUUUGUAUUUAUUGUUAUACAAAAAUCAUGAAUUAUUAUUUCUUAUGAUUUCUUUAA